AUGGCGCGCACGGCCCCUGUGGAGCCCCCGCUGCGGCAUCCCGCGCCCCCCUCGCCGGUCGCGGGAGAGCCCCGCGCCUCGGUUGAGGCGGCGGUGGCCCCGCGGAGGGUGCUAUUCGCUGACGAGGCCCUGGGACUACCGCUGGCGCAGCUGCGCCGCUACCGGCCGUGGGGCGGGCCCGGGGCGGGCAAGAUGGCGGCGGCGGCCGGGCAAGAUGGCGGCGGCGACGGGGCUGACGAGGACGACGAUGGCGAGGAUGGGGAUGAAGGGGCAGAGGAAGAGGAAACCUGCCCUGAGCCCUCGCCGCUCUGCCCCGUUCCCGCUGGCGGGGGGUUUUACCUGGUGCCCACAUUUUCUUUGCCGCCCGCGCCGGGUCGUCUUGAGCGUUUGGGGCGUGUGAUGGUGGAGCUGGAGGCGCUACUGCCACCUCCUGGAGCGGUCCCCGGGGGUGCCGGGGUGUGGGUGCCUGGGGGGCGCCCGCCGGUGGUGCGCGGGUUGGUACGCGUGCUGAACCGCUCCUUCGAGAAGGCGGUGCACGUGCGAGCCUCACACGACGGCUGGGCUUCCUUCUGUGACCACCCUGCGCGCUAUGUCCCGCGCAGCCCACCUGGGGCAGGAGCGGGAGGAACAGGAGCAGGAGAUCCCAUCCUGGAUCCUGGGCUCGGCCUGGGCUCUGGCCAGGCAUCUGCCUCCUCGCCCGACGACGGUGGCCGCACUGACCGCUUUGCCUUCCAGCUGCCCUUUGCUGAGGGCGCGGGCGAUGGGGCGCGCCUCGACUUCGUGGUGCGCUAUGAGACCCCUGAGGGCACUUUCUGGGCCAACAACCAUGGCCGCAACUACACAGUCCUGCUUCGGAUCGCACCCGCUCCCACAUCCACUGAUGCCGAAGGGCUGCCCCAGCAGCAGCAGCAGCAGCAGCAGCUGCAGCAGUUGGAGCCACAGCCUGAGUGCCAGGGUCCGGUGGAGGCUGAGGCCAGGCAGCUGAAGAGCUGCAUGAAGCCAGUGAGGCGCAGGCCUCUUGAGGAAGAGCUGAGGAUGAAGAGCAUGGCUGAUUAUGCCCCUGUCAUGGAACAUCCUGAUGUCCAAGAAUCACUGGGUCCCCUGGUGGCCCCUACUCCUCUCCGUCCAUGGCCCCAAAUGACACUUCAGGUUUCUGAAGUUACAGUGACCAGUGACCCUCAAGAAGAAGGUGACACCCCUAGAAGCAGUCCACUUGUGGCUUUUACAGAGGUGCCCCAGGCACCGGCCAUCAGGAUUCCCCCAUCUACCUGUGGCCUGGGUGGCCCCCCCAGGGACCAGGCCUCAGGGCCCGAUGCAAGUGAGGGGGCCACUGGGCCCUUCAUGGAACCCAGCCAUCAGCAGGUGGAGGCCACAUGGGAAAGUGGAGGGGGACGAAAGGACCCCAUGGUGGGGGCUAUUAUGUAUGAGCCUGGUGGGGGUCUGGAGAUCGUGAGUGGGUUGGAGGAGCUACUUGGCGAAGACACCAUUGACCAGGAGCUGGAACAGCUCUACCUGUCUCACCUGAGCCGCUUGCGGGCUGCUGUGGCUGCAGGGGGUGGUGGGGAGGGCUCUGCAGAUGGGGGACUGUCCCCCAGCCAUCCCCUGGGCAUACUCACGGACCGUGACCUGAUCUUGAAGUGGCCUGGCCCUGAGCGGGCCCUGAACAGUGCCCUGGCCGAAGAGAUCACACUGCACUAUGCACGCCUGGGGCGUGGUGUAGAGCUCAUCAAGGACACUGAGGACCCUGAUGAUGAGGGGGAAGGUGAAGAGGGGCUUUCCAUCACUCCUUCUAGUCCUGAAGGAGACAGCCCCAAGGAGUCACCUCCAGAAAUCCUCUCUGGGGCUCGCUCUGUGGUAGCUACUAUGGGAGAGGUGUGGCUCCCAUGGGCUGAGGGCUCUGGAUGUGACAGCUCCAUGGUUCUGGGAACACAGGGUCAGUUUUCUGAGAAUCCAGAGAAAGGGAUGGGCAAGGACAUCAACUCUUUGCACAUGAAUAGGGUUCUUGUUGGUGUGACCAGGUCCCCAGGUGAGGCUGGGACAGAAGCCCGGAUGGAGGUUACUGCUGAGUGGGCAGGCAACUUGGUAUCUAUGCCUGAUAAGGAGCCAGCUGUACCAGUUCUUCGGGAGCAGAAUCCUGCUCUCCUUGAUCCCAUGGGGACUGAAGUCUGCCUUUCUAGUGUAGCCAACCCUCACAUGAUUUCCCAGGAUGAAGAAAGUGCAGGUCCAAAUCUUGAGCCCCCAAAGAGGUCUCCUACCCUAGCAGCCCCUGCAGAAUGUGUGUGUGGAUUGGCUCCUCAGCUCCGGGGGCCCUUAACCCAAACUCUGGGAGUCCUGGCUGGGCUGGUGGUGGUCCCUGUGGCUUUGAACAGUGGUGUGUCCCUUCUGGUGCUUGCACUGUGCCUCUCCCUGGCCUGGUUCUCAUAGGGACUGCCUAUAGGUUCGGCAAUAGCGGGCUUUCUGUUCUCUGGGGUCUGGGGAGGGGCAAGACCUCUGUCACCCCGAGAGAGUUGAGAUGAGAUCUGUGGCCAGUGUAGAGAGGGACUUUGGUCCUUUGCUUCUGAGAGUGCUUGACUCGGAGAGAGGCUUUCUCAUCACCAAACUCUCUAGUCAGCACUGGGCUCCCUGUAGUGGUACCUGUGGAGAGGAACAGAAUGGUGGAUGAUGUGAGAACUUUUAGAAUGGAACCAGGCAUGCCCCCCACCCCCAAGCCUGUAUUUAUUUUUGUAUAAUUCUCUGGAUGAGGGAGAGUGGUCAUGAGCUGGUCUUGGGGCACAAUUACCCAGAGAUAUAUUUAUUAACAGCCAACCUGUGCAACCUGCUGGAGCUUUAUUUUUAAUUUAAUUUAUAUAGAGUACCUAUUAUUAUAUGCCACAAUAGAGCUCUAUGAGAAAUGAUGUGUCUUGUUGUGCCGGUCUCCUGUUUCGGCCUGAGUGUGCAGGGUGGUCAUGUUCUGGGGGAUGACCAUGGUGGGGCAUGGGAGUGGCCGUGGUCAUGCCUCCUGCUGCCUCUUCAAUGUGUCCUUGAGGAUCUGUAUCUCCUCACCUUGUGGUCCUAAUACAUGUGGUCGUUUGGUCUUUGCAUAUUCUGCCCAUGGGAGCCUGCCUCUAUAUAUAUGGGUGGUUGUGGUGGGAACCAGAGAGGAAAAGUGUUGGCUACAUGAAGUUUUGGUGUUAGUCAUGUGGCUGCAGUGAUGGCUCUGGUCAACUGUGGAUAUUGUAACAUGGGUUAUGAGUUGGCCACAAGGUUUUGAGGUUAUGGAAAAAAAGUAGCUUUUGAUACCAGCAGGGAGAUCCCUCAACCCUCAAGAUGGCAAAAACCUCAGAAAGGAAUUAAUGUACUGUGAAAAAUUUGUAUCAGAUUUGUUGUCCACAGACAUUGCAUUUCUACUCCAAACAGGAAACUCAGAAGCUUUAAAAGAAAGGAUAGAUACAUUUAUUGCAUGCAAAUAAAAACUCUUGGCAUAGCAAAAUAAAACACCAUAUAUUUAUUUACUUCCCUUUACAGCAAAA